AUGUGGGAGGUUGACACGACGUUGGCGGAUGAGAUUUCGAGAAAGGUGAGGGUCUUGUGUUGGGUGAUGACUCAACCGGAGAACCACGAGUCCAAGGCAAGGCACAUCAAGGCCACAUGGGGGAGGCGGUGUAAUGUCCUCCUCUUCAUGAGCUCGAAGAACGAUUCGUCGCUGCCGGCCAUUGCCCUUCCCGUGGGCGAAGGGAGGGAAUAUCUCUGGGAGAAGACCCGCGAGGCAUUUCGUUACAUCUACCUGCACCACUUCCAGGACGCCGAUUGGUUCUUCAAGGCCGACGAUGACACGUGA